UCCAGAUACGUCACUGGAGUGCAGCAAUGCUGCUCCAUUCAUUCAAAGAACCGAAGCACGUUCGAGAGGAAAGAUGCAGACAAAGAUGUUCUCCUUUGUUCUGUUUGCAGUUUUACCAUUUCUAUGGCACGUUGUGUCUGGUGCAGACAGCGUCUCUGUGUCAGCGAUGGAGGGAGAUUCAGUCACUCUAUACACUAAUGUUAAAAUAAACCAACAAGAAAAGAUUCAUUGGUAUUUUAAUGGCAUUCGCAUCGCUUACAUCAAUGGAGAUCUUAGUCAUAUCUGUAAAGAUGUUCAGUGUGAAGAUAGUGAUGAGAGAUUCAGAGACAGACUGAAGCUGGACAAUCAGACUGGAUCUCUGACCAUCACAAACAUCACAAACACAGACUCUGGACUUUACACAUUUCAAAUCAUCAGAGGUAACAACAAUGAAAGGAUCUUCAAUGUUACUGUCAUUGGUGUUUCUGCUGCUGAACUGUGUGAAGUGAAGAAGAGAAAAUCUGUCACUUUAGACCCUGGUGUAAUAAAACACCCAAUCGAUUCGAUGACGUGGUAUUUUAAUGACACUUGCAUCACUGAAAUCACUGGAGAUCAGAGUAAGAUCUGUACAGAUGAUCAGUGGGAUGAGAGAUUCAGAGACAGAAUGGAGGUGAAUCAAACUGGAUUCCUCACCAUCACAAACACCAGAACCACAGACUCUGGACUUUAUAAACUACAGAUCAACAGCAGCAGAUUCAGCAUCACGAGGAGCUUCAGAGUUACUGUCACUGGAAAACCCGAUUUCCUUUUCCGUGACACUAUCAAUCUCUGUGAUUUGAUCCAGGAUAUUUACAAAGGGUGA